CAUCAACAUGGCCGUCAAAGUUUUAAUUUUUCAUAUUUUUCUCAUCAUUUUGCUUCAUAACUGCCAAGGAGAUGUCAAAGCUGAUCGCGUUAAGAAGAAGAUUUACCAAGAUAUUACUGGUUUGGGAACUUGUUUCCGUCGCCUGAAUGGAACACACGAGGUCGGCUGUUCCUCUGGUCGCAGUGGGAAUGUUGGAGUUGUCCAUUACAUACUAUAUGAUAGGGACUUGGAUUGGCUAAUCGACAGGGGCACUCACCAACCUUACGUUGCUCUGAUACAUCCUGAAAACUUCAAAUGGUCGAUUGUUAACAAGCUCGCCGUGAGUGGGAAAGUGAACGGGCUCAUAAUCCUCGAUGGGAACCAUUCACUCGCAAAGAAACCUUUAUCGUUUACGCCAGACAGCACUUGUCCUAAUGAUGACUAUGGUCUUUAUAAAAAUAGCACAGACUACCAGAAUUGCAAGAAAACCACUUGGAAUCCGGACGGAACUAACAUGCUCUUCAUGCGAUUCGAUUUCCCAGUUUUUGUAAUGCUCAACCAGACAGAAGUGGACUUUGUCGUUAAUCAGUGCUACAUAAAGUUCAACAAGCCUGGUGGAGAUGGCGCUCCUAGAGACUAUCCUCUGUGUGCUGCCGAAGUGAAGGACAUUAUGGACGCAGCCGUCAACACUGAGACAUGUCGUCGUCGCACUCUACAUAUCACUAACCUUAACCCAGACCAUUACUGUGACCCACUCGGCGAUCAGAAUGUUUUCUCGACCAUGAAGUUUGUCAACAAAACUGAGAAAAGAGAGGACAAAUCGAUAAUCAUUGCAGCAACCAGGCUUGAUGCAUCGUCGCUGUUUGAUAAUCUUUACCCUGGGGCCGACGUCCUGACUGGUGUGGUGGCACUACUGGCAGCCGCAGAGGCCAUCGGAAAAGUCAAGGGUGAUCUGAACAAAAAAGACAUCAUGUUCACAUUUUUCCAAGGGGAAGCUUAUGGUUACAUCGGUUCAAGCCGUAUGGUGUAUGACAUGGAGAAAUUCAAGUUCCCGCGUGAAUACAAAACGGACGUCGAAGAAGCUAGCAACAUCAAUAUGAGUCAUAUAUCACAUUUCAUCGAGGUGAAUCAAGUCGGAUUGAGAGAUGGUGGUGAUCUUUGGAUCCAUACAGACCCAAUCAGUUCAAGGAAUACAGCGAUUAAGAAAGAGGUUGAUGAUAUCAAGUUGGCCAUGACGUCUGCCGCCAAAUCUGCCGGCAUUUCCAUCGGCAGCGCAGCAGACGGCCAGCCACUGCCUCCGGCGUCGUUCCAAAGCUUCCUAAGCAAGCGACUAAUAUCUGGCAUCGUACUGACGGAUCAUCAGACCAGCUUCACGAAUAAGUAUUACAACAGCCGUUUUGAUGAAGCGGGCACAAUCGGUGCAGAUUACCCAAAAGGCCUAAAUGACACAGCGAAAUAUGACUAUGCAACAGAACAGGCUAAAAAGCUCACAAAAGUAGCGACAACACUUGCAAACACCCUGUAUACACUUGCAACAGGGAACACACAUGCCAAUUUGUCUGCUGAUGAAGUCACAGUUUCUCAUCUCUUGUUCUGUUAUCUCUUCUCACCGAAAUGUGACCUGUUCAGAACCGUUAUUGAUGUUGCCAAUGUCGACCUUUUAGAAAAAUAUAAGACACCUUUUCCUUUGUAUGUUGGUGUCGACUCAACUAAGAAUGCUAUCACGAAGAUAACACGUCAUAUCCUGGCAUACUUCACCGGGGAUCUUAUUGUGAAUCGGGAUGUCGAUAAUUGCACUAAAGAUUCAACAAAUACUACAUAUUCCUACAUCUGGAUGCAAGGUCGUGAGAUCAAGGUCACUCACAAAAAUGGAACGAAAGGAAUGGCCAGAGAGCGGCCGAUUUGCAUCCGGACAUUGUCAGAAUUGUCUGCUGCCGUCUCGCCGGCAUUCAAAAUUAAGAAUUAUAAAUGGGGUUCUGGAGAUUACUCCACCUGGACUGAGAGUGUAUGGCCGGCAAACGCUAUGAGCGUCCGAGUAUUCCUGCUUCCAAGUCAACAACAUGAGACUGUCAUCCUAGCCGUAGGAGUAAUCGUACUUCUCGUCUCAAUGCUCCUCGUCUAUUUUAUCAACGCUCGUGCCAAUAUCUUAUUUGGGAAAGAUCGUUCGACCUCCUACAUGAGCUGAUCGCAUAACUGUGAUAGGGAAUUUCAUAUGUGUUUUCAGGGUGUAAUUUUGGAGGGGGUAUAGGCCCCCCAAAAAUCAGCCAAUUGGGCCAUUGGCACAGAAUUUCCCUGUUCCAAAUACGGUAUUUGUCUGUUAUAAAACGGAAUCUAGUGUUUUCAAAUUAAAAAGCAAAUUUCAAGGUGUUUUUUUUAAGCUUUAUUCGCUUUAUAAAAAAAUGGAAGGAGGAUUUUUGAAAAGCAGAUCUUACAUGUAGGCCAAUAGUGGGCCCCAAGGGUAAUUGUAAUUUUGUAAAAACUGUUUUUGCAAUUCGUGGAAAUUUCUGGAAAAAAAGAAGAUUUUCCUUAUGGGGAUUUCUUUCCGUUUUUCGAAUGAAAUUCUUUUUGUGAUUUUCAUUUCUUCGAAUCGGGAUUGUUUGCCAAUUCAGCAAAACUAACUAGCCUGCGAAAACUUGGCUCUUUGCAGUAAGUUUUGGUCAGAUGCAGUGCAUCACAGGAGAAAAGAGCAGGGGAGUGGCUUUUCACUCUCCUUAAUCAUGCUAGGAGUGUGAAUCACACACACCAAAAUCACACCCCCUGAAGCAGCUAGGAGCUCAGUUCGGGUAAUGGGGAAAAGUCAUGUUGAUGGGAUCGGCACCACAGAGCAGGAGCAUGACGAGCAGCUUGUUUGCAUGUACUGUUAUGUAACAUCUCAUUAAAUUGCAUGACCAUGAUCUAUGUGUGUUUUAUAUGUUGUUUUGACUUCAACUAAUUCAUUGGUGGUAGCUGUAACCCUGCCUACUUCUCCCUAGUUUUGCCGUCUUUCAUAUAUGUGCUGUAUCCGAAGCUGUCAGAGUUAUGGUAUUUGAGAAAUGUGUGCAAUUGCACAGUGCCAGAUGAAUCAUCAUCUUUUUUUCUUCUUCGACGCCAUGUUGUUAAUGCUGUGAAAGAUGGAGCUGCUGAUUGGUUGGAAAGAAUAUGACAAACUUCUAACAGCCAAUCAGCAAGCUCGUACUGCAAACCAAGGCAGGGUCUGCCGAAGACACUGCGGCAAUGCUCGGGAAUGUCCGUGAUCAGCUGAGUGUAAAAACAUUCAAAAACAUUAUAAAAUGCAAGGAGCGCGACUUUUCACUCUCCUUGAUCUGAUUUUGGGAGCGCGGAGGAGCGCGAGCGCGAUCGCGCCCCUUAUACGUGAUGCACUGCAUAUGUGAUCCAAAGAAACAAGAGCGUUUUGUUGCAGCAAUCUGCGAAAUUUGUCGCAUUUGGUGGAGCGAAGGUCUCUUAGUUUCUGUGGUCGCAGCAAUAGAAAUAUCUCCUGUUUGGGGUGAUAAAAUUCCCAGAUGGGGAUGGGGAAUGUAAAGUUGACAAAUUCAAUAAUGAUUGCUGACCAUUUCGGUAUGGGUGACUUCUUGAAAAUGGCUCUCUUUUUGCCAGGUUGGAUAUGGGCCUGGUCGAAUAGCGAUUUCUAUUAGAUGCUGCCAGUUUUGGGCAUGCCAUAUGCUUUUGAACACAAUGACCAGCUUCCUUUUGAGAGCUAUCACAUUUCCACUGGCUGUUCUGUUCGUGCUCUGGCGAAUUUCAAGUGUGGAACUUUAUAUGUUGGGGGUACUUUUCAGGGGUGGUUCAUUGAAAAUGUAUGGCAAAUUGUAUGGCAAAUGAGCUCAUUUUGUCUAGAAUUCAAUUUUUUGGAGCUUUCAGUAUGUGAAUAUACUGAGGAAGAAGAACUUGUCUUCUCAUCUGCUAUCCCAGGUAUCAAAUUGGUGGAGCAUUUUUGGUUCUGACUGGUAGCCAGUGAUUUGGUAGAGCUGCACUGGACGUUGGUUCUGAGGGCAUUGGGGCUUAAGAACUCCAAUUUUUCAAGGGUAUUUGAAUCAUUGCAAGUUAGCUCAAUAAGUUGUCCGGCUCUAAGGGUCAGUGGUGCUGCAUAUCAUGAACAGCUCUGUGGGUCAAAUGUAGCAAAAAGGUUUAGUUCAGGUCUUGUCUAAGAAUUGAAAUUCUGCUUUACUCGGCUUCACAUUUUUCAGAUAAAUGUGAAAGGGUCUGUUGUCUGAAUGUGCUUGGUGUAUGUAAAUAAAGGGCAAUGUUCCAUGGUUGCGACUGAAAACUACUUUCUUUUGUAGGAUCUGGCGUAUGUAAAGUUAACCAGGGGCAUAGCUAGCUUUUGGGCUAGGGGAGAAGGGCUGGCCGCUCCCCCUGGGGGGGGG